UAUUCAAGCAUCACGUGAUAGCGCGCUUGGAAGUCGCGUCACACCAAGUCUCGCGCUUGCCAUCGCUUUGCCGAUCACUUCUUCGACCUUGCCAUGCUACCAUCGACAUAUCUCUCACCUGAGUCUCAGGGAAACCCUGACACGACUUCGAACCAGCCCUCGUCGCCGCUGAGCUCGCUUGGAAGCUCACCGUCCUCACCGACGCAGAGAGAGAUGGAGGCAAGUAGGACAGACAUCGCUUCGAGUGAAGCCAUGCCUCCGCCGGCAAAGCCAGAUGCUGCAUCGAAGUCCGCGAACGCGUCUUCAAAGCGCUCGCAUGACAAAAUGAACGAGCGAGCAGAGCGUGCCUCCAGUAGGCAAGAUGAUGCUGAAUCCGACACAACCAAAGGGUCUACCCGCGGCAAGAACCGUGCAAAUAGCACUGAUACGGUGAACACUGUCACAAACGUCUCACAGGAUGAAGGCCCGUCAUUGCGGGAAACAGAUAUGAAUACUGAAGGCUUGUCCCAACGGCCACCUCAGUCAGCUCAAGCACCAGGCACUCCACAGCCAAAACAAAAGGCAAAGCCACAACCGAAAAAGUCCAAGUCGAAGAAAACUCCAAAGCCUGUACAAGAUCAGCCAGUCACCGAGGAUGAGGCAGAGAACGACAUCGACUCUUCCGUGGACGAUGAGGACGCGUCUGAACUUCCUGACCAGCCAAUCGAAGGGUUCGACUGGGAAGGUCUCAUCUAUGAGUACCAUAAGAAGACUACUGCCCUGGAACAGCGCGAGAGCGAGAUUAUGGGUGGUUGUCGCCAGCUCAUGGAUUUCUUUGAGGCCUGGGCAGUCGUGGGCAGCAGGAAGGAGACAGCUCGCAGCUUCAAGCGACUCAAGACGCAGAUGGCCUAUGUUGAGCGUGAAGAAUAUGACCUGGACCAGAAGCGACUGCACUACAUCCAAGUGGUUAACGCCUUCAAGAGUGCGUUACAGCUCCUUGCAAAUCAGUGAUCGAGUAUCGUACCGACGCGUCGACGAAUCUCACGCCUGAGCACAUCGCUCGACCAGCAAGCUUCGGGCAUCACCACUCAUUCAAGAGAUCCUCCAGCUCCCGUGCUGCAGUUCUGGGAAUCGGCGCCAUCCAUUGCUGACGAUAUCGAUAUGAAGAAAUAUCAUAUCACGGACUUUCACGCAUCGCGUUGCGUGGUUCUGUGAAGGCAAGACCUGGCGCAUCCACGUGUGCUGUUGUAUUUAUUUGCAUGAUACCCAUUUGCUUUUCGAACGAGCACUGGCUUCGACGAUCUCGCCAGCAUGUGCCGAGGCACCCUAUGAUUAGUUUAUCAUCGUAUACAGUAUGACAUCAAAGCAUUGUGUGCGGUCAUCUCAACAUUGUUCUGCUCGUCCUUAGAGCCACAUUUGAGACGGUGCAGCCCCAAGAUCAUUCGAGAAUCCCUUCCUUCACCUCGUGCGCGAGGAGGACGCUCAAUCAUAAGAAACUCCAUGGCCAUGGACAUCCAGCAGUCUGUCGACUUGUCAUCCGGUAUCCGGUUGGACUCCGAGUGCUUGUGUAUUCAGGAGAAAGCUUGAUGUACUACUUUCCUGCUUGUCAAUGUGGGAGAAAUGGGAGCUCUUGCUGAGACUUUGGUCAGUGUUGCACUUCGGCUUUGCACAUGAGGCCUUCACGCUGAUGAUCGAUAUGACGACGCUACUCAACGACGAUGAAGACAGUUGGUCGGGUUUGGGUAGAUUUGGUGGUCUGGGCGUGAAACUGGGCGCAGAUCUAGUUAGCGGCAGAGGCUUCCGAAAGUUUGGGUUGCGUGACAGGG